CCUCCUGCUCAUGCAUCUGCAGAUAGAGCCAAAAUGGCUCGGGUCGCCCGGUAGCCGCUGCUGCUACCGCGGCUAGCUGCGCCCUUAAUUGCCAUUAAGUCGAGAUAAAUCCUUAUUGUAACGUUAACUCGGAUUAAAUAAACGCUGCGAGAUGCAGCCGCGGCUGCAAAAGGUAUCAAGGGAGGAAAAAGCAAAAGCGGCGCGGGGAGGAGUUGCAUUUUAUAUGCAAGUUUAGUAUGAGCAUGGAAGAUUAUGACUACCUGUUCAAAAUAGUUCUCAUAGGAAAUGCUGGAGUUGGGAAGACGUGUCUUGUCCGGCGCUUUACUCAGGGCCUUUUCCCACCUGGACAAGGGGCUACUAUUGGAGUAGAUUUCAUGAUUAAAACUGUGGAAAUCAGAGGAGAAAAGGUCAAGUUGCAGAUAUGGGACACAGCUGGACAGGAGAGAUUUCGCUCCAUAACUCAGAGUUAUUACCGUAGUGCCAAUGCCCUCAUUCUUACGUAUGACAUUACCUGUGAGGACUCCUUCAGGUGCCUUCCAGAGUGGCUGAGGGAGAUUGAGCAGUAUGCCAACAACCAAGUGGUGACUAUAUUAGUCGGUAAUAAAAUAGACUUGGCGGAGAAGAGAGAGGUUCUCAGGCAGAGGGCUGAAGACUUCGCCGAGGCUCAGAGCAUGCUGUAUCUGGAGACGUCAGCCAAAGAGUCUGACAAUGUUGAGAAACUUUUCCUUGACCUGGCGUGCGAACUCAUCCGAGAGGCCAAGCAGAACAAGCUGGAUAACAGUGACACUGCCCCGAUGCCCGGCGAGGGUAAAACCAUCAAUUAUUUGAACUGCUGCAGCCUCAAUUAGAGGGCGCUCAGCUGCCUGGCCACAUUCGCUAUUGAGUGUAGACGGUAAAAGGCUGAGCCCCAAUGCCUCCGUCCCCCUAAGAUGGCAAAAAAAAAAAGCACCUCUUAGUUUGGUCAUUUCUUAUCCUAUGCCUCUUAUAAGCUGUACAGGGAGUUAGUCAACUUUAGUUUGGCACUCCAAGAAUGAUAAGUUUAAGAUGCUACCAUUGUUGAGAACACUAUCCUCACUGGAACAGAAAGUGUUACAUGUGUCCAGAAAUCAGAGUAGGGCUCCAUUUGAUCCUCAUCACAGUGAAACGCCAGCGUUUCUCUGUCUGGGCUCCAUUUUCAUCCAACAUUAAUAUUCACCAGCAGUAUUAUGCGAGCUGUAAGCUCUCCAGGUAUUUUUUUGUUCCGCAUCUUGCACAGCUGACAGGAAGUUUAGAUACCACCUUAGGUUACCAGCUGUUGAUAAAAUGUUUACAUACAGUACAUUUUUGAGAUUACCAAGUUUGAACAAGGAAAAUGUUACAAAAUGUUACAAACUUACCCAACAAUCUGUCGCAUAUUUACAUUCCACUAUACUUUUCUCUGCUCUGAGAAUCAUCCAAUAUCCAAUAUUUCAUUUCGAAAUGUAUUUUCACGACUUUUUAUUUUUUUUGCACCUCUCAUUUCAUACUGUGAAAUAUUUGUUCCCAGUAGAUGUUUUUUUCUUUUUUUUUUCUUUUUAAAUGCUGCUAGAAUAUGUUUUUAUGUCAGAUAACAAACCGAAACACUCGUAUAGUUACUAAAGUAUUCUGUGAUGCGAUUAUUUUUUAGUAUAUUUGCAGUGCUUGUGACCGUUGACUUAGUUUUGAAGCAGUUGGAAAGGCCAUCAUUGGACAAACUAUAUGUAGUUUAAUUAACUGAGAUUUAUUUUAUGCCAGCUGUAUGAUUUUGUUAUCCAUACGCGUGACUAUUUCUUCAUUUGUUGCUGCUGCCUAGCAAGAAAUUGUUUGAAGGGGUAUGUACGUGUAGUUCUGUAUAACUUGUUGAAAUUCAUAUGCUUUCAUUGUGAAUUUUCUUGGUUGUUCAGCAUGGUUAGCCAUAAUUUGUAGUGUCUAAUAUGAUCUUUUAUUAUUUUGCCAUAAGUGCAAUCUGCUGUGUUGCACAAUGCCAUAUACUGCACAACUAUAAUUAUGUUGUUUCUUCUUUUGUUGUCAUAACAGUUAUUAGUCUUUUGUUGUAAAGAUUUAGUACUGUAAUACAUCCUGGCACUUUGCUUUUAUCAUUAUGUACUUCCAGUAACCCCUUUGUAAGAGUGGCGAGUAUUUUGUUUUGCCUUGUACCUUAGAUUUAAUAGCGGUUACUCAUGGUUAAUCCUUUGCAUCUUCCUGUCAACAUAAAAUGGGAAGUACAACAGAAGUGCUGUUGAAAUGUUGUGCUUAUUUUCUUUUAUGUGAACAGAAUAAUCCCUAAAAUACUCUGUAUAACAUUAAAAAACUACACUACACAAUG